AUGAGCGAAAGUUUUCGGAUCGGGGUCGACGUCGGUGGAACGAACACGGACGGUGUUAUUCUCGACCCAUUGGCUAACUCUACUUCCAAUCGAGGAAUUCUAGCUUGGACUAAACGCCCUACUACCCCCAAUCCCAGCGAAGGUAUUGAGAAUGUUAUCACGACUCUAUUGCGCGAUGCGAAAGUGGACGUGAGCAGUGUGGCUAGUGUCACUAUUGGUACAACGCACUUCAUCAAUGCCGUAGUGGAGAAAGAUCAAAACCGCUUGAAACCUGUGGCUGUCAUCCGUCUGUGCGGUCCAUUCUCACGAGAUGUGCCGCCGGGCAUAGAUUGGCCGCCAGAUCUACGGGAUAUAAUCUGCGCGUAUUGCGGCUUCGUUGAUGGUGGACUGGAACUUGAUGGUCAGCUCAUCAGGAGUAUCAAUGAGGUCCAGAUUGCCGAAGAAUGCAAAAAGAUCAAGCAAAAGGGCAUCAGGUCGAUCGUCAUUAACGGAAUCUUCUCACCGUUGGAUGUGAUUGAGAAGCAGGAAGAGGUAGUUGGAGAAUGGGUGAAGAAAUAUUAUCCGGAAGCGGAUGUCGUGUUGUCUAAAGAAGUAGCCAACCUUGGGUAUGUGGAACGCGAGAACGCGGCCAUCCUGAACGCUUCCAUCCUGUCUUUUGCACGAAAGACAAUCUUGUCGUUCCAGAAAGCGAUUCACAGACUUAACCUCGCAUGCCCUGUUUUCAUCACUCAGAAUGACGGUACAAUUCUGACCGCACCCCUCGCAGCCAUGUUACCCAUCCGUACCUUCUCCAGCGGUCCUACGAACUCAAUGUGUGGCGCUGCUUUCCUUGUUCAGGGGCGUCAUCACAAGGAAAGUAUGCUGGUUGUUGAUAUUGGGGGUACGACUACCGAUUGUGGUAUGCUUCUUCCGAGUGGACUUCCCCGGCAAGCGGCUUCAGUGACAGAGGUGUCUGGGGUGAGACUCAACUUUUCUUGUCCUGACGUGAAGAGUCAACCCCCAUCUUCCCCGUUGACUAUUGGCCCCGACUCUGUUGGUCAUCGUAUCCAACAGGAAGCUCUCGUCUUUGAUGGCAAGGUCCAUACGGCGACGGAUUAUGCCGUCACUUCACAGAACCUUACCUCGAUUGGGGAUGCCGCUCUGUCUCUCAGCAUCCUUAAUGAAGAUUUGGUUAAAGAGUAUGAAGUGGUUGUUAAGAGUAUGCUGGAACGAGUUAUUGACACGAUGAAGACGAACGCUGAAGAUAUUCCGGUGCUUCUGGUUGGUGGAGGUGCCGUUCUGGCUCCCGAUAAACUUGAUGGUGCGAGUACUGUGGAGAAACCAGAGUAUGCUGGUGUAGCCAAUGCCAUUGGUGCAGCUAUUGCGAGGGUUUCUGGAAUUGUUGACACCAUGGUAAGCACUGCAGAAAAGUCAAACCACGCUGCAAUGCAGGAGGUAUCCAAAGCUGCUAUUGAGAAAGCUGUUGGAAGUGGCGCUCUUCGAGAAACAGUCAGUAUCGCUGAAAUGGAUGAUAUUCCACUCCCGUACAUAGCAAAUAAAUCGCGAAUUAUUGUCAAAGCCAUCGGCGACUUCGACUUUUCUGUUACUUCUAAAAGCACGUCUCUUUCUCCGCUGGACGGUGAUGACGCCGACGAAGACGCCAUUGCGGACAAGAAGCCUCUUCAAGGUGGUUCCAUCAUUCAAGCCAUGACGGCAGCCGAGAUAAUAGCAUACAGGCCAACGGUGAACUCUUCGAGAGAGUGGAUUAUCAGCGAAAUUGAUCUGGAGUGGAUAAUGAUUGGAUGUUACAUCCUGGGUACUGGUGGUGGUGGGACACCAUAUCCUCAAUUUAUCAAGUGUCGGGAACUGCUGAGGAAGGGUGCCAUGAUGAAGGUCAUCUCGCCUGAUGACUUGCUGGAUGAUGCGGUGGUUGCUACUGGAGGGGGAAAGGGUAGCCCGGCUGUUGGCAUUGAGAAGUUAUCUGGGGAUGAAAUGAUGCAAUCUCAGAGGGUUUUGUAUGCUCAAGUUGGAUAUCAGCCCACUGCUACCAUUGCGCUAGAAAUCGGGGGUGGGAAUGGAUUACAGGGUCUGUUUUUAGGAGCCUCUUGCAAUAUGAAUCUCCCCACAGUUGACGGUGACUGGAUGGGUCGUGCUUAUCCAGUUGGGUGGCAGAUUACGCCUGUUGUUUGGGGAGGCGACAAACCGCAAUUCAUCCCGCAAGUAAUCUGUGAUGGCAACGGAAACACCAUGGGUACAACAGAAAAACUGGUAGAACGCGCUUUUCGUGCAGCCCUGUCUGAGAUGGGCAGCCACGUCGCUUGUGCUAGAGGGCCUAUUACUGGGGCAAAGACCAAAGCUUACGCUGUCCAACACACGAUCUCUCUCUCAUGGCGAAUUGGACGUGCAGUCGCUCUCUGUCGAGCCAAAAACGAGAUCGACUACGUGUCCGAAGCCAUCAUCUCUGAAGCUGGAGGGCCUGAGUCCGCCAAAAUACUUUUCAAAGGCAAGAUCGUCCAAAUCGAACGUCGCACCGUCAUCGGGCACCUGUUUGGAGAGAUCACCAUCAAAGCUGCGGACGUCAGCGGGAGCAGGAAUAUGGGAGAAGAGUUUAGUGGGAGUAUGAAGAUCCCGUUCAAGAAUGAGAACCUCGUUGCGAAGACUGUGACGGAGGAUGGGACGGAGGAGAUCGUUGCAUCUGUACCGGAUUUGAUAUGUGUGUGCGAUGCGGCGAAUGGUGGAGCGAUUGGUACGCCAGAGUACAAGUAUGGGCUGUUGGUUGUGGUUAUUGGGAUACAGGCGUCGGAUAAAUGGACUGCGAUACCGAGGGGUAUAGAGAUUGGGGGGCCGAGAGCCUUUGGGAUUGACAUCGACUAUAAGCCGCUUGGGAAGUUUAAUCUACCGGUAAGUGUUAUUGAUGAAUAUGUUAAACAUUAG